UUCUUCCCUCUCUCGCUCUCACAUCGUUCAAUCUGUUUCUCGGGUCGUCGAAAAAACUCGUCGCGCCAUUAAUUUGUUUUUAUUAAUUCAAUAGGAUCAAAAGCAGCAAAACGUGUGUUGGAUACCAAAGGCUAGUUGUUGGUUGCACACUGUCGUCUUCUAUUAAUAAAAUAAAAUUAGAAGAAAUAAUACACAUAAAAGGAAAGGUGACCUGCGGCGCAUUGUAAUUUGUAAAACGCUACUACUACACUCGGGGAAAAAUGUUGGCCAAAAAUGCAGAAACAAUGAAGGCGCUGGCGCUGAAAUUAUUCGAAAUAAAUGCCUUCAAAUUUGGCGACUUCAAAAUGAAAGUGGGCAUUAACUCCCCGGUGUAUUUUGACCUUCGUGUUAUUGUCAGCUAUCCGGAAGUUAUGCAAACUGUCUCUAAUCUUAUACAAGAUUACAUCAAGGAACACAAUUUGAAUGCCAAACAUGUUUGCGGUGUACCGUACACAGCCUUGCCCUUGGCAUCCAUUGUCUCGGUGCAGCAAAACAUUCCAAUGCUGGUGCGCCGCAAAGAGGCCAAAGCCUAUGGCACCAAGAAAUUGAUUGAGGGUAUCUACAGUGCUGGAGACACGUGUCUCAUCGUUGAGGAUGUCGUCACAUCCGGUUCAAGUAUUUUGGAUACAGUUAAAGAUUUGCAAAGCGAAGGUAUUGUGGUGACCGAUGCAGUUGUUGUCGUUGACCGUGAACAGGGUGGUGCGGCGAAUAUUGCCAACCAUUCGGUGCGUAUGCAUUCUUUGUUUACAUUGUCGUUCUUGUUGAACACCCUGCUGGAAGCCGGUAAAAUCCAACGUGAAACUGUUGAAUCGGUUGCCAAGUACAUUGCAGCUGUGCAAAUUGAUAGUGAUGGCAAUUUCUUGGGCAGUAAAAAGGAAGUUGUCAACGAUUUUGUGCGUUCGAAAAUUCCCUUUGAAAAUCGUGCCAAUUUGGCCAAAUGUGAAUUGGCCAAAACUCUGUUCAAUUUAAUGGCCAGCAAAAAGACAAAUCUCUGUUUGGCGGCCGAUGCCACCAAAUGCAGUGAAGUAUUGGAAGCCGCCGAUAAAUGUGGCCCCUAUAUUUGUCUGCUGAAAACUCACGUUGAUAUCUUGGAAGAUUUUAGCGAACAAUUCGUACAAGAUUUACUCGCCCUGGCCAAGAGACAUAAUUUCCUUCUCAUGGAAGAUAGAAAGUUUGCCGACAUCGGUAAUACCGUUUCGCUGCAAUAUGCCAAGGGUCUGUAUAAAAUCUCAUCAUGGGCUGAUUUAGUCACUGCCCAUACAUUGCCGGGACGCAGUAUUAUUUCGGGUUUGAAAGCUGGCCUCAAUGGCGACGAUGGCGUUGUGGCCAAGAGUCGCGGUGUUUUUCUGUUGGGUGAAAUGUCGGCCAGUGGCAAUUUAAUUGAUGACAAAUACAAAGAGGCCUCGGCCAAAAUUGCCACCGAGGGUGCUGAUGUGGACUUUGUGGCGGGUAUGGUGUGUCAGUCAUCCGAGUGUUUUGCAUUCCCUGGUCUGAUUCAGUUGACACCGGGUGUUAAAAUUGAUGAGGCCAGCGAUUCAUUGGGCCAGCAAUACAAUACUCCCGAAUAUGUGGUCAAGGAAAAGGGUGCCGAUAUUGCCGUAGUGGGGCGUGGUAUUAUGUCAGCCAAGUCUUUGGAAAAGGCAGCUGUACUCUAUCGGGAUCGUUUGUGGGCUGCCUACACCGAUCGUUUGGCCAGCAAACAAUGAAGCUCAAGACAAUAAACGACAGACAUACAUAUCUUCCAUUUUUUAUUUGUUAAGGCCUACAACAAUUACAACAAAUUGAAUACUAAGCAUUUAUUGUGAGGUUUAAGUGACGUAAAAAAAACGAGAAAACGAAUCAAGUACCUUACGCCCAAGACGUUUGUUUCUUAAGCACAAAAUUACAACACAUACACACACACAGACAUGUGCCGGCACAAAUUCGAGUGCAAAUGAUCCAAUUAGAAUUUAUAUUAUUAAUUGUUUUUGUAUUAAACAAAAUAAUAGAGAUAAACAAAAAGCUAAACAAAAUGUGUACAACAUGUUAACUAACUCAUAUUAUUAUACGAAUAUAUCAACAAAAUUAUAAAUAAAAUAAAACAAAACUGA